CUGGUUUUCAGCUUCAAUUCCUUGCUCGCCAUGGAAUAAAUAGCCCCAACUCCUCCACAUAUAAAUCUCCCCUCUACUUUGUAUUCUAUCUAUUUCUUCUUGCUUUCUUUCUUUCUGGUUUUUACUCUUGGAUUCUUCCCAGCUCCAUCCACUUUCCAUCCACUUCAUCUUCUGCCCGGAGAUACUUCUCCGCACUCCGAUAUUUAAAUAAAAACUCGCCGCGGGCUUACAUGUAUGUCGGCCGGGGGGGAACAUUUGAAGGAUGAGGGCUCCAAACGACAAACAGUCCUGGCGGGUGGCAUUGCGGGCCUGGUGUCCCGCUUCUGCAUAGCCCCCCUGGACGUUGUCAAAAUCCGCCUCCAACUCCAAAUCCACUCCCUCUCCGACCCUUCCUCCCUCGCCGCCGACCGCAAGGGUCCCGGCCCAACAUACAAGGGCACCUUCUCUACCAUGCGCACCAUCAUCAAAGAAGAGGGCUUCACCGGCCUCUGGAAGGGGAAUGUCCCCGCUGAACUCCUCUACGUCAUCUACGGUGCCGUCCAGUUCGCUACCUACAGAAGCACCACCCAGGCGCUGGCGUCUUUGGGUUCCCACACCACUCACGGCCGGAGGCUGCCUGCGUCCGUGGAGUCGUUUAUCGCCGGUGCCGUGUCUGGUGGUGCUGCCACUACCGUUACCUACCCGCUGGAUUUGCUCCGGACGAGGUUCGCGGCCCAGGGGGUUGAGCCGGUUUAUUCGUCGCUUGGGUCCGGGGUGUUGGAUAUUGUGAGGAGCGAAGGGCCUCUGGGCUUGUUUAGGGGCUGUUCAGCUGCUGUGGGACAGAUCGUGCCGUACAUGGGGUUGUUUUUUUCCUCGUAUGAGAUGAUGAGGACUCUUUUGGCUGUUGAUGGUUUGCCGUUUGGCUCUGGGGAUGCCGUUGCGGGCGUUUUGGCCAGUGUCACUGCCAAGACUGGGGUCUUCCCCUUGGAUCUGGCCAGGAAGCGUUUGCAGGUGCAGGGGCCAACUAGAACUCGUUACGUCCAUCACAAUAUCCCUGAGUAUCGCGGUGUUUUCGAUGUUAUCACUUCAAUUCUGCGCACCCAGGGCGUUCGGGGGUUGUAUCGUGGUCUAGCUGUCAGUUUAUUCAAGGCUGCCCCGGCCGGAGCCAUCACCAUGUGGACCUACGAAAAUUCCUUAAGAGUCCUCAGAGAGAUGGACGUGCCUUUGGUUUCUGCGGAUGCGAAAUGACGGUUUCGGAUACAUUUGUUUGUCUUUUUCCUUUUUUGCCUGGCGUUUCGGACUCAUGUAAAAUACCUCGGCGGCACACAGACUGUACUCUACUGGGCUUUACAUCAUAUUCCUGUAACACAUGGGAAUGUCUAAUAGAUUUUGUAUUCCUUUGCUGCUCUGUCCAGGUGCGCUCGUGGAACACCAGCGCCUCAAGGGCGCAGCACAAACAAAAUGGGGGUGUCGUAAAAUCGAAAGACGGAUAAAUUAUUCAGACUAACAAAGGAGAGACGGCAAGACACACCAACAACAAAAGGUAGAAGACAACCGCCAAGUUCGCAGUGAGACUGCCAGUUCAAUUAAUAUUCACCCUCCUCCUCGACGUCGUUGCUGUCAUUGGCGACUUCUUCGUAGUCUUUCUCGAGAGCGGCCAAAUCCUCGCGAGCCUCAGAGAACUCACCCUCCUCCAUACCUUCACCGACGUACCAGUGCACGAAAGCGCGCUUGGAGUACAUAAGGUCGAACUUAUGGUCAAGACGAGCCCACGCUUCGGCAAUUGCCGUGGUGUUGGACAGCAUGCUGACGGACCGGUCAACGGGCGCCAGCUCGCUACCAGGAACACGCACUGGUUUCUCGUAGUUGAUGCCGAGCUUGAAGCCAGUGGGGCACCACUCCACCAGAUUGAAGGACGCCUUGGCCUUGAGGGCCGCGACGGCAGCAGUGCAGUCGAGGGGCACAACGUCGCCACGGUACAAGAGGGCCACAGCC